AUGGCCUUUGAAAGAUAAUCAAAGAAGUUUAAAACAUGUGUUCCUUGAUUCAGUUUCUUGCAAAUAUUUAAGGGAAACGUUCAAAAUCUGAUAUAUUUUCUAAUUUACACAAAUGUAAAAUGAAUAAAAAGAGCAAUUUAGACAAAUGCACGCAUAAACAAAACCUCCAUAGGCCAACAAAGGCCGGGCACCACGUUUCCCACGGUAACCAACCCAAACAAAGUCAGCUGUAGGAGCGUCAGCGUUCCAUUCGAUUUUCUUGUUACUUCGUAGAAUGUAAUUAGCAAAUUAUAUUCAAGUAGGUCUUUUGGAUGGUGAAAUGAGUUCUCCUUUAUCCCUGUUGGGGAAAAAUCGCAGAGCACCCCUACCUGGAUAUCUGAAUGAAGGGAAGACGAGAGUGCCCUUCAAGCAAAGUUCAACCGCUGAGCUGGGUUUGUUGAAAGACAUUUUCUCCAGAAGGUGUCAGCCUCACCCCUCAUACCCUGAUGGUGUUUCUUCUAAAUCAACGAUGACACAAAGCGGGAGAGCAAGUGAUUGCACCCCUCCUACAGACUUUGAACUGAUGUCCACCAUGAUGCAGAAGCUCGCCCAGCUAGAAAUCAAAGCGAAGGCACAAGCCUUGGACAUUCGGAGAAAGGAAAAAACAAUAGCUGUUCUGGAAGACAAGUUAAAGCUUCAGAAGUCUAAAGUGGCGGGUGAAGAGGAAAUGGUCAAGAUGUGUCACACGCUGCAGAACCAAGUGUGGGAAAUGGAGCAUUUCCUGAGUGAUUAUGGCCUGAUCUGGGUUGGAAACAGUGAUGGUGAUGACGGGCAUGCUGAUGAACCCAGCCCUGACACAGAUGAUGCAGACAAACACUCUAACCAAAGCCUAGGAGCGCCAGCCACCUCCAUGGUGAGAGAGUUCAGGAUGAACUUUGACCUUGUGCUGGAGAAUGUCAUGGAUCUGAACGUGCUGGCAGGGGAGGGGGAGUCCUAUGUGAAGGCUGUGCCCGGGGGCGCCCAGCUGGCCCAGCAGUCCCCCAUUCCCUUACGGCUGUACAGGAACGGCAUUUUGAUGUUCAACGGGCCCUUCCGCUCCUAUGAAGAACCCUGCACCCAGCAAUGUAUGCAGGAUCUGAUGGAUGGCUAUUUCCCCUCAGAGCUGCAGGACAGGUUUCCAGAUGGGGUUCCCUUCCAAAUACAGGACAGGCGAGCAGAGGAAUACAGAGAUCGGAGAAUGCAGGCGCACUUUCCUGGCGAGGGUCAGGUGGUGUGUGGAGCAUCCAAUCAGGCCUCAGCUCAAAGCCCUGCCACACGGGCCCAAGGGGACACAUACGUGCCAGGCAAAGGCCUCUCCACCGAGCAGUUCUUAAUGAAGCUGCCGAAGAUGGUCAUUAAGGGAGGAAAGGUUAUCGACAUUCGUGACUCGUUAAGAAACCAUUUAAAGGGUUCUGCUGGGGAAGCACACAACCAUUCUGUGACCAUUAUAGACACCCCGGCACUACAGACCCUGCAGGGCAGUGUUCAGGUGUCUCAACACUCCCUGUCUGUAAGGUUGGGUCAGCCUGAUGGAACUCCAAGUGAACAGGAUGGUGACAUCAGCACCCUGCGAGUAAAGUCUGAGGACGGCGAGAAGACUUUCAUUCUGAAGAUGCAAGUCACGCAGACGAUUGGACAUUUGCGCCAGUACCUGGACAAACACCGAUGCUCUGGUGCCCCUGCAUACCACAUCAUCAGUGUGUUUCCACGGCAAUGCUAUGACGAUGACACCCAAACACUUGCAGAUUGUGGCCUCACACCCAGUGCUGCUCUGUUGCUUCAACCUCGCUGAUAGACACACACACAGACACACACACACACACACACACACACACACACACAGACACACAGACACACACACACACACGCGCAUACAGACAAGAGCAUGAACACAUUCACACACAGUACCUCUAUCCUCACAGCAAGUGCAUCUUCAGUUCACACAUGACAACCACAAUGUUGCAAUGUUUCUUAAUGUAAAUAAAGGAAAAAGCAAAGA